UGAUGGCUCAGCCGUCAUUUUAUUUAUUGCCCUUUGUCGCCUCAUUGUGGUACUUUAGAUUGUUGCGCAAGUUUGUCUCGUGGUUGCGCCAUUUUCAGGAUUUUGUUGAACAGGCUGACAGGGUUUGUGCUUCUCUGAUUUGGUCUAAUAUAUUAUUCUUUUUCCAUACAGUUAAGAUUGUUUAAAUGUUAAAUAUUGAAGUACCUGCUUGUUUGUGAUAUUAUUAGCCGAAAAAAUCGUUUAAACACUUCUUCAAUUCAUUGAGACUUUAUAUUGGAACAUUUCAUCAGUCCACUGAGACACUAUUUUGGAACGCUUCAUAACAUCUAAGUUAUUUCAUUUGGUCAUCUUUGAACACGAUUUGGAAGUAACAUCAAAACAUUGUGUUGGACAGUUUCUUGGGGUUUCCAGGUUUCGGUGAGUGCAGCAGUGAGUUAAACGACGGUUAUACCUACACGGCGGAACAUACGACUGCGAGUCUGCGACAAAAGGGUUAAAUAGACUGUUAGAUUCGUAGCAUCGUGAACAGCGGCCGUAAUAGUAAACGAUUUUGUCGAUUGCUAACCAAGUUAGUAAACGAUUUGGCUUUACUGACCAAGUUAGUAAACAAUUUUACACUAUUGCAAACAAGUUGGUAAAAGAUUUCAAGAUCUACUAAGCAAGUCAGUAGAACAAUAUCAGAAUAUUGAUGAUCAAUAAACAUGUUAUUGUAAUUUUGCGAAACUUCACCCUAUCAGUGAAUACAAGAUAUUUGUACCAAGAAAAGGGAAUAUACAUUAUUAAUCAUGGCUACAGCAAGAUCUACAAAUGCAAGUGAUGACGUGGACUCUAAUUCUGGUAAUGAUAUGAGAGAAAAUCCCAGAAGGUCUGAACGUAGCAGAACACUUACAGAAAAAGGACAAGAAUAUCAAGUUAAAAUGCUUCUGGAAAGGUGUAAGUCGAAAUUUGAAUUGUUUUCAAAAAUAAGAAUGAAGCUCCUGAAAAGUAUUGAUGAUGGUGUCUCAUUGCGUACUAUAAAAGACGAUUUGAAAACCUUCGAAUUAUGUUUUCAUGGCUAUCGUACAGCACAUAAGGAGUAUGUAGCAUUGUUAGUUGAUGCCAAGGCUAUUAAUGAAGAAAAUGAUAUUUUCAUAAAUGCUCAACAUUUGUUUGAAGAAUUUCGUGCUAAAGCGAUUGAAGAAAUUAGAAGCAUCGAGACUGAUAAAGAUGUCAGUUCUGUACAUACCAGUCUUUCAAGAUAUUCUCAUAGAUCUUAUUCUUCAUCAUCGAGUUCAUCUGUGGCGUUUAGGCUGGCUGAAAUAGCUGCCAAGAAAGCCUCAUUACAAGCAGAAGCUAGUUUUGCUGAAACUGAAGUAAAAAUUGCACAAGAGGAGGCAAAAUUGAAAUCAGAAUUAGCACAAACAGAAGCAAAACUCAAAGCUGAAGCUGUAAGGCUACAAGCAAACGUACAACAAGCUGAAAUACAAUUACAAGCUGACAAGAGAAGACUGAAUCUGCAAAAGGAAAUUGCUAAAGCAGAAGCAGAAGAGAAUAUUUUUGCUCAAAUUGAUUGUGAAAAUGAUAGCUUUAGUAGACGUGAUGUGACACAUUUUGCACCGAACGAACCUUUUGUAGUAAGUCCGCAUCAAUUCUAUACUGCUGAACAAACUGCUUUAACGAAUGAAAAUUUGGUACUGGCACCUGAAAAUACAGCUGUACCAUUUGUUACAAAUCAUAUGAAUGCAAAUCCUGCUUAUUCGAACACUGCUGAAAACGAAGUUUCAAAUCCAUUGAAUUUGUCUACUGCACCACAAAACCCAUCGGCAGAUGGCGCUAGUAGUUCAGAAAUUAAAAGACUAGUUGAAACAGUUGUUGAUAUUCAACAAAGGGCUUCAUUGCCAAAUGAAGAACCAGAAGUUUUUGAUGGUGAUUUAUUGAAAUUUCCUAUAUGGCUUGGAGAUUUUGAAGAUCUUAUUGAAAGAAAUGUUCGAAACCCUAACAGGCGUCUUCGUUAUCUUUUGAAGUAUACGACUGGAGAUGCAAGAAAGGCUAUUGAAGGUUUCAUGGGCAUAGAUGAUGAAAACGCAUAUAAUGAAGCAAAAGCGACACUAAUGGAGUGGUAUGGCGACUCGGCUACAAUAUCCAGAGCUUACAAGCAAAAGACUGAAGCAAUGGCCUAUCAUACCUAUGAAUGA